GCUAGCUUGGACAAGGCAAUCGAUCUGGACAGGACACACGGAAGACGUACGCUUAGAUCUUCACAAGAGUGGGACGAUCGAUCGAUGGCCGGCAAGCUGACUCCUCCCGAUUACGGCUACCCCGACGACGGCGGUGAGCGGCCGCCCUUUGUCCUCAUCGAUCCAAAGGCCUACUUCGCCGACCGCAGGAACUGCACCACCGCCGUCUGCGAGAUGGAGGGCCUCAAUCUCAAGGGUCAACUCCAGGUCACCUUCUGCGCCGUCGCCCCGCCGCUCGUCUCCUACUUCUGCGUCCACGCCACCCACAUGGACCACACCGAGUUCGCCGUCUCGCCCUACAUCAUGGCCACAGAGAACGACGGCGGCCUCGUCCUCCUAUGCGUCGUCCCCGGUGCCCAUUCAUGCAUGGCCCAGCUUCCCGGAUUUCGCCAAUACUUUGUCUACGACGCCUUCACCCGCAAAAUCCACCACCUCCCGCACCCGGGCUCCCAACACGUGUUCAACCCGCUCUCGCUUACCAUUAUGCGCAGGUGCAACAAAGGCCCGAAAGGCAAAGGCACCCGCACCCGCACCGGCAACCACAGCAACUUAACCCUCCACCCCCAACACCUUACCCUACGCCCCCAUGUGCAUGAAGAGCCGGGGCACCAUUACUGCGGCAGCUGCAGCUUCGUCGUUGCCGCACAAGCUCAUAUCUUUUUAGGUGUACCAUCUCCUCAGCUCUGCAUCUAUCAAUCUGAUACCGGGACCUGGACCAAGAAGCCGGUGGUGCUUGGGUCAUGUCCAGAAGACCACUUCACAAGCAAGAAGCUCACCAUCGGAGGCCCCGAAGGCACCGUCGCCUGGGUGGAUCUCUGGGACGACAUCAUCUUAUGCGACGUGCUAGCCAAACGCCCCAAGCUCACCUACCUGAAGCUGCCACCGCCCAUCAUGCCCGGCCCCCACGUGGGGUAUGGCGAGCCAAGGGCUGUUCGUGACGUUGCCCUCGUGGACAACUCCAUCAAGUAUGUCGAGAUGUUCGUUCACCCCGACAGCAGCUCCUCCGAUUCGCAGCAUCAUCGUUGGGAGGUCGCAGCAUGGAGCCUCGGAAAUACCACCCACCCCUCGCCCAAGGAUUGGCGCUUGGUUUACAAACUCGAUUCCGCCCAUAUAAAGGUUGAUGGUUGUGGUGCCACGGCUGCCCACCCAACCUUGUCGACUCUACACGUUGGUCUGCCCACCCUCAGCCUCCAGAAUGAUCCCAUUGUUUACUUCCUCGCCAAGAUUGACUACACCACAAUGAGACACACAGCUUGGGUGCUUGCUGUUGACAUGGAGACCAAGACCGUUAAGAACGUCGCCGAGUUUCCCGCCAAGAGGACUUUUGGUUUAACCAGGGGCUAUGUCGCAACUAGGAUCUCGGCAUAUCUCCAGCCUGCUCCAGGUACAAAGCGAAUGGGGGUGCCGAUGCUGAAGUGCCCAAGGAAGAAGCAUAUGAAAGAUGUUGAAGAUCCUGAAGAUGCCGCCGACGCAUGGUGAUUUUUUAGUUCAUGAGGUUGCUUGGAAGCUGUAUGACCUGAGAGUGGUGCUGGGUAUCAAUGGAGGGGGUUACUGGAUUAUCAUGUCUCACUCUUAUGUCUGCUGCUCAGUCCCUUGCUCUGCCAUGUCUUGUAUUUAUUUAAGGCCUCUUUACGCCUCUAGAUCCUGUUCAGGAGUUCCUUUGUGUAUUGUCUCACCGCCUGCACUACCGGCCUAUUUAUUAUACGAGAUGUAUUAUUAAAAUUCUGUAUGAACUAUAUUAUGUCAGUUGUAGUAGCCCCUUCUGUUUUCUGUUGCCUUCGGUUAAC